AACCGUUUUGAGAGCAAAAGAUAUCAAUGUUUCUUCUCUCUGUUCCAUGAAACAGCCCGAAACCAAGUCAUGGCAAACAUCAGAGCUUUACCACUAACCAGUUUGGAAACAUCGCUGCUCUUCGGUAAAAGAAGAGUUCUUGUCAAGAACACUUCGACUAUCAGUUUCACGGAAACCCAUUUUCUCCGACAGUCGAUUCCGACAGGCAUCGUACCAUCUCGGACUCCAAAGGGAACUGGGUCCGUCUCAUGUUCUUCUGCCACAGAGAAAGCUUCUUCUACCUUCGAAGAUGUUUCUCCCGAAGUUCGAACCUUGACAUGGAACUGGAAAGGUUAUUCGAUUAGAUAUCAGUGUGCUGGAACCAGUGGUCCUGCCUUAGUCUUGGUUCAUGGUUUCGGUGCUAACAGUGACCAUUGGAGGAAGAACACACCUAUUCUUGGCAAAUCAUAUAGGGUCUACUCAAUCGAUCUUAUCGGGUAUGGAUACUCAGAUAAACCGAAUCCUCGUGAGUUUGGAGGAAAACCGUUCUACACUUUUGAGACAUGGGGUGAUCAGCUCAAUGAUUUCUGUCUUGAUGUGGUCAAAGACGAAGCCUUUUUUAUAUGCAACUCUAUCGGAGGACUUGUUGGUCUUCAGGCAGCAGUGAGUAAGCCAGAGAUAUGCAGAGGGCUUAUGCUUAUCAACAUAUCUCUCCGUAUGCUUCAUAUCAAGAAACAACCAUUCAUUGCAAGACCUUUCAUCAGAUCCUUCCAGAAUUUACUUAGGAAUACUCCGGUUGGGAAACUAUUUUUCAAGAGCAUUGCUAAACCGGAGACUGUAAGAAGCAUUCUUAGCCAGUGUUACCAUGAUAGCUCUCAAGUGACGGAUGAACUAGUUGAGGCAAUUCUAAAGCCAGGUCUUGAGCCUGGUGCUGUUGAUGUCUUCCUUGAAUUCAUCUGUUACUCUGGUGGACCGCUUCCAGAGGAUUUACUCCCACUGGUCAAGUGCCCUGUUCUGAUUGCGUGGGGAGAAAAAGAUCCAUGGGAGCCAAUCGAGCUUGGACGAGCUUACGGUGAUUUUGAUGCGGUUGAAGAGUUCGUUGUUCUGCCUGAAGCCGGCCACUGUCCUCAGGACGAGAAGCCGGAAAUGGUGAAUCCACUUAUCGAAUCAUUCGUUGCGAGACAUUCAAAGUCCAGUACAGCCCUUGCUCGAGACAUAUGAUCUCAGUUGCUAUCUUUACUCUUCUUGUUUACAUUUUUUAAUAUCUGUACAGAAACAUAUCUUCUGAACCAGCACAAACCAUGCAUGAUACUGUCCCACGUUUGAGAACUCAAUGUGACAAAACAGUGAAUGUAUGCAUAGAUACAUUUGAUGAAGUAGAGAGCUCUGUAAAAGAAACAAAACCUUUUACUCUAGA